CCUUGACUCUGAGGAAGAGCUGGUCUGCUUAGAGCCGCCAGGGCAGGACCCAAGAUGGUACUCUCCCUCCUAGCAAAAUCGAUGGUGAAAAUAUUCUGUCUCUCCUUCCUUCUUCAAACUACACUCUCGCUGAACCCCGAUGAUCCCAAUGUGUGCAGUCACUGGGAGAGCUAUGCUGUGACAGUCCAGGAAUCCUAUGCUCACCCUUUUGACCAGAUCUACUAUACAAGAUGUACCGACAUUCUCAACUGGUUCAAGUGCACAAGGCAUCGAAUAAGUUAUAAGACGGCAUAUCGGAGAGGCCUCAGGACCAUGUACCGACGGAGAUCCCAGUGCUGCCCAGGAUACUACGAGAACGGAGACGUCUGCAUACCCUUGUGCACAGAAGAAUGCGUCCAUGGCCGCUGUGUCUCCCCCGACACCUGUCACUGUGAGCCUGGCUGGGGAGGUACUGACUGUUCCAGUGGUGAGUACAUCACUCCUGCGGCCGAGGGAGGGGAACCUCCUCUAGAGGGCCCUGCUGGGGGGAGGGAGGUGCAGCCCAGUCGGAUGGAGUCUGGAAAUGACUAUUGGAAGGGACCUCAGGGUCCUCCGGUGAAAGAGAAGAUACAGACAGGGAGGGUGUCAUUGGGUGUUCUUGUAUUUUUUGGUUUUUUUGCUGAGGCAGUUGGGGUUAAAUGACUUG